GGGGGCAAUGGCGCGGUGCUUUAGGCCCCGUGCCCGCGAUUAGUGCAGUCCACUCUGGAGACAUGCCCAGAGCGCAGCCCCCGGGGGUCACACCGCCCCUCAUGCACGCCAUCCGCCAGACCGUGAGCGAGUUCUCCGAGAACACCUCGAUCCACGGCGUGCGCUACAUCGCGGAGCAUGGGCGACGCUGGGUGGAGCGGUUCUUGUGGAUCGUCACGGAGAUCGUGUGCGGCACGGGCGCGGCCUACAUGCUCAUGAACGUCCUCUCCAAGUUUAACGAGAACCCCACCAUGAUGAGGGUCGAGUCGUACUUUUACGAGGUGUCCAACGUGGCCUUCCCCGCCAUCACGCUCUGCAACGUCAACAGGAUAUUCCGCUCCAAGGCCCAGAACUUCGUCGACAAUUUGAAAAUGCCGGAGGGCUACCCGAUGGCGCGGCAGGACAUCAUGGAGCUGCUGCCCCUGCUCGGACAGCUGCUGUCCUUCUCGGAGCUCGGCUCGGACCUCGUGGGCCGGGAGCGGCUGGUGCGCCUGCUGACCUACAACAACGUGACCUCGGACGUGCUCACCGAGAGCCUCAGCCAGCCCUGCGAGGACCUGAUCGAGCGCUGCAGCUGGGAGGGGCGGGAGGUCAACUGCAGCCGCGUCUUCACCAGGACCAUGUCCUACCUCGGCUACUGCUGCUCGUUCAACGCGGACCGGGACUUUUCGUUACCGGAGAGGAUCGACCCCAACGUAAAGAGAAAACCCCUCAAGACGACUUUCUUCGGCUACCCCCUCGGACUCACGGUCCUCCUCAACCCGCAGGUUGACGAUUACUUCUGGGGACCGUUCGCUUCCGGCGGAGUGGUGGUAAGCGUCGAGCAUUGAGUAUUAGCCCAGCCGCGCACCUACAGACAAGGGACUGUUCAGAAACCACGUGAACAGUAUGGGGGGAUCCAAAUAUUACGUGGCCCCAAAAGGUCCAGGGCCGUCACUGGAGUCAAUAAACGCAUGAUAUUUUUACCCAGGGGUACCAAUAACAUGGGGUCUCCUUGGACUCCAAUGGUGGCUUGAUCCUUUUUGGACCCCAUAAUAUUUGGAGCCCCGCCCC